GGUCAAACUUCACGAAACUGCUAGUGGGCGCGGCUUCCGGGUUCAGGCGCUUCAGGCUGCUCUUGAGGCUCGCGUAGUCGUCCAUUUCCGGCCGCCGCGGAGCUUCGCGGGUGGAGACGCAGAACCAGCUCGUAGCUGCGGGACAAAGGGUGACGCCGAGAGCCGUAGUCAUGGCGGCGCCGGAGCCCAGCCUGGCCGCCCCGAGCCCCGCGGCGCCGCCGCCGCCGCCGCCGCCGCCCGAGCAGCAGGAAGGAGUCGGCGACUGGGCGGACCCCGGGCCCGACUCCGUGAGCUCCGCGGCCCCGGAGCUCCCCGGCUCGGCCGCAGCUUUGGACGCGGCGCUGCAGGCUGAAGCCGCCCCGCGGCCUGGCGUCUCUCGGCCCGGCCCCGAGACGUUUCGCCAGCGUUUCCGGCAGUUCCGCUACCAGGACGCGGCGGGUCCUCGGGAAGCCUUCCGGCAGCUGCGGGAGCUGUCCCGCCAGUGGCUGCGGCCCGACAUCCGCACCAAGGAGCAGAUCGUGGAGAUGCUGGUGCAGGAGCAGCUGCAGGCCAUCCUGCCCGAGGCGGCCCGGGCCCGGCGGCUGCGGCGCCGCGCGGACGUGCGCAUCACUGGCUGAGCGGCGGAACUGGGGGGCUCCUUGGACUGAUACCCUACCCCGAGUUAAUGAAAAGUUGAAUUUUGACAA